AUGUUCAACACAUCCGUAGAAGUCGAGGCUAACCACUCUGUGGAAGCCACCUUGCGCAACUUUUCCAAUUCCCUCAGUGCUUUGAUUAUGGGCCCCAAUCAUGACGAGGACGAUGGCGUUGUAUCAUGGUCCGACAGCCCCAAGCCACAACAAGACACGCAGCACAGUCCUGUCUUUGAAGCUGUACGACAAGGACUUUCGUAUAAUGAUCAAGACUUGGAGCGGAUUGCAAAAGACCCAGAGGCCUUUCGAAGGUUGCAAAGGGCUCUGCGAAAGAAGGGAUGCAUUACCAAUGGAUACCUGAAACAGAAUCUCCAACAUUAUGUCUAUCACCUCAAGUACGAACAUGCUAUUCAAGAAGCCCGAAAGAUCGAAACUACUUCCAGCAGCAGCCGGAGAAAGCCAACGCAAUCGGUGGAAGUGAAUGCAGCGGCAUAA